UUUAAUGAAACCAUUGAACUCAAUAUUUAAAAAAACAUUUUUAAAUCCUUUUAUAUUUACCAAUAUAAGCAGUCGACUCAUUUAUCAAGCUACAUUUAAUAUAAAAUUAUUGAAAUCGUCUAAUACUCAAUCAAAAGAAAUAUUCCGUACAUUUUCUAACAUGUCGUUAACGAAAAAAAUUGGCACCCAUAGUGGAACUUUCCAUUGUGAUGAAGUACUCGCAUGUUUUAUGUUGAAACAGUUACCAGAGUAUAAAGAUGCUCAAAUCAUUAGAUCGAGGGAUAUGGAAAUUCUUGAUACAUGUGAUAUAGUUGUAGAUGUCGGAGGUGAAUACAAUCCAUUAAAACAUCGUUACGAUCAUCAUAUGAAAGAAUUCACUGAGACAGCUAGUUCUGUAUUAAAGCGAGAAGAUUGUCCAUGGGACAUUAAAUUAAGUAGUGCUGGACUCAUUUAUUGUCAUUUUGGCCAUAGAAUUAUCAAACAAAUUGUUUCUGAAAUUCUAGAUGAAAAAGACAUUCAUGCUAUUUUCAGACGAGUUUAUGAUACACUCAUCAAAGAAGUUGAUGCUAUUGAUAAUGGAGUAUCAAUGUUUGAUGGUGAACCAAAAUAUAGAAUAGUAACAAAUUUGAGUGCGCGAGUAGGAAGAUUAAAUCCCGAGUGGAAUACGGAAGAUGCUGACCCUGAUACACAAUUCAUGAAAGCGAUGAAGUUAUGCGGAGAAGAAUUACGAUACUUUAUUCAAAAUUCUGCAAGCGUUUGGUUACCUGCACGAAACAUCAUUCGUGCUUCAAUUGAAAAGAGAUUUGAGAUCGAUCCAAGUGGGGAAAUAAUGGAAUUAAUAAAAGCUGCACCUUGGAAAGAAUUCUUAUUUGAAUUUGAAAAGGCUAUGAAAAUCGAACCAACUAUUAAGUAUGUCAUAUUCAACGCUAAUAAUUGGAGAGUUCAAGCCAUUCCGAUUGCUAUGGGAAGUUUUGUUUGUCGAAUGUUUUUACCAAAAGAAUGGGCAGGUCUCAGAGACCAAGAAUUAUGUCGUGUUUCAGGGAUUGAAGGAUGUGUAUUUGUCCAUAAUGAACGAUUUAUUGGUGGUAAUAAAACGAAAGAAGGCGCUUUAACAAUGGCACGAAAAUCUCUAGAAAUAAAUAAACUAAGUGGUUCCAAUUAAUAGGAAGAUUAAUUAAAUAAAAAUUUUCAUUUUUUCUAAA